AUGGCUAACCAUAAGACGGACUACAGGCGGCUCAUCGCGAAGGUGGUCAAGGAGGCGGGGAAGGACCCUGUGGUUAUUGCGGGAGACUUCAACGCCCCUCACCCGGGAUGGGGUUACAAAGACACCUGUCCGGACCUGACGCUUGUCAAGAACGUGGCGAACGCUGAGUGGACUAACCUCAUGGAGCAACUCGGUAGCGAUCAUUGUAUCCUCGAAACGACUAUUCACGAGUCCGGAUACACAAGAAAGACGGGAAAGGCAAGAAUAACGGAUUGGGACCGAUGGCGAAAACAGAGAGGGAAAGGUGCAGCUAGCAUCGAGAGCAUCGAGGAUUGGUCUUCGGAGGUGAUCGCCAGUGUCAAGCCGUUCGUGGCUGAAGUUGAACUCUCAGAGAAGACCCCAGCAAUGGACACGCGUCUGCUUCAUCUUUGGGAAGCACGACGCGGGCUGGCCAGGAGAUGGAAGAAACAGCGCUACAACAAGAAGCUGAGGAAGAGGAUUCAAGCACUCACAAAGCUAGCAGAGGACUAUGCGGUGGACUUGGCUAGGAAGAACUGGAGAGCGUACAAAAACGCGCUGGGGCUACCGGAGCGUACGGCGACCGAGAAACUGCUUAAACUUGGGAUGCAUAACACCAUAGAAGAACUUCAUGAAGCUCAACUAGUGUCACAGCUGAAGCGACUCUCUUCCACAGUGAAUGGAGCGUGGCUUCUGGACAAACUGGGAAUGGCAGUACCCGGCGGUUCUCACGGGCCCGGAGACGCGGGGGAAGAGCUGCCGGCUGAGACCCGGCAGAGAUUCACGAUCAGUAGAAUCCCCCGCAACAUGCACCCGGAUAGGAAUGCGGAACGGAGACAAGCGCGAGCGGUAGCCCUAGCGCGUUCCUGGGACAGCAGAGAGGGAACCCUGUACGUGGAUGGGGCCGGUCCGGUGCUAGGGGUGGCUGCAAUAGCGGUGGCCAGUGCGCAAGGGCAGAUCAGACGCGUCGCCUCCGUACGAGCGCAGACGGUUGAACAAGUGGAGGAGGCGGCCAUAGCAUUGGCGGUGGUUUGCAAUCCUCGUGCGACGAUAAUUUCGGAUUCACAAAGAGCUUGUCAAAACUUUGCGCGAGGGGUCGUGGGUCAACCAGCUCUAAGGCUCCUCCGCAAAACCGCAGUAGAGGGAGUACAUCUGAUCUGGACCCCCGGCCAUAUGGGGCAAGUCGGAAACGAGGCGGCGAAUGCUGCGGCCCGAGGUGCGUUAUACCGGGACUCGGUUCUGCCCCAGAGGGAUCUGGACAAUGCGCUCACUCACAGUGAGGCCUUAAAGGCUCUACGAACACAUAGGGCAGAAUAUCCUGGGCCGGCCAAAGGUCUCAGCAAAGAAGAAGAGUUCACGUGGAGACGACUUCAGACGGACACGUUCGUCACACCGAUCCAGCUACAUCUGUGGUACCCAGAGCGGUACGCCACGGCGGACUGUCCCUUCUGUGGUGAGCCCUGGGUGGACGUUUAUCACGUUGUCUGGGCAUGCAAGAACCUCCCAGGACUGGCUCCAGUCGAGGAGCCCAAACUCGAGGAGUGGGAAGCGGGACUCAAGUACGCGACGGCUAGCGAGCAGAGGGUGCUCGUGGCCCGAGCACUCCGAGUUCACUCCGCACUUGGAGCCCCGGAAUAGGGGCACACAACCACUCUCUCCUUUUUCUUCCCCUUUCUCCCCUUCCCUUUCCUAAAUCUUUCAACUCAAUAAAGUUUUUC